GCAAUGAUGGCAAGCUAUUUUGUGGUCAGAUUUUACCCAUUUGGAGAACAAUUUGCAGCGUGUGCAGGAGAGUCUUUUUUUUCUCUCCUAACGACAGGAUGUGACAAUUGAGGGACAUAGUUGUGAGAGUUGGAAAUACACGGGAAAGAAAUGGCGUUCCAACUUCUGCUGUUCAUUGCUUUUGCAACAUAUUUGAUGGCGCCCGAGUUGACGGGGGCCACAGCCACCAAAACAAAAACUCAAGUGACCAACAACUCCGGCGUGACACCGUCCGGGCAGUGUGGGGCCUGGGUCAAGGAGCCCGAGGGAGGCCAUUUCACCUCACCCAACUACCCAGAGAAAUACCCACCAGAGAGGGAAUGCAUCUACAUUAUAGAAGCUUCUCCCCGCCAGUGCAUCGACUUGUUUUUUGAUGAAAAGUAUUCUAUCGAGCCAUCGUGGGAUUGCAAGUUUGAUCACAUCGAGGUCCGCGACGGGCCCUUUGGCUUCUCGCCCAUCAUCGGACGCUACUGCGGCCGGGAGAGCCCCAUGUACGUUCGCUCCAGUGGGAGGUACCUGUACAUCAAGUUUGUGGCCGAUGGCGAGUUGGAGGCUAUCGGCUUCUCAGCCCGGUACAAUUUCACGCCAGACCCCGAGUUCAAAGGUUUGGGCGAAUUGCCAGCAUUGCCGUUUUGUGAGUUUGAGCUGAGUGGUCCAGAAGGCUUUGUGGAAUCGACUCAGAUAACCAGGGAGAAGCGGGCCUUGCCAACAGAGGCCGUGGACUGCAGGUGGUACGUGCGGGCCCCACCGAGAGCCAAGAUCUACAUGCGCUUUCUGGAGUAUGAGAUGCACAACUCCAAUGAGUGCAAGCGUAACUUUGUUGCCAUUUAUGAUGGCAGCAGUUCGGUGGAGCACUUGAAGAAUAAAUUCUGCUCGACGGUGGCGAACGACGUGAUGCUGACAUCCUCUUUGGGUGUGGUAAGGCUUUGGGCAGAUGAGGGAAGCAGGAAAAGCAAAUUCAAGAUCCUCUUCACCACCUUCCUUGACCGUAAGUGACUCCCUCCCUUGACAACAUCCACAGUGAAGGUCGCCGUAUUGGACUGCUGUGGUGCCGAGACCGGUGCCACAGGACGGAGAUCUUUGUGUGUGUGUGCGUGUGUGUGUAACAAUCGCAAGCUUUGUAAUAGCAACCAAAAGAACAAGGUCACAGGUACAGCCCCCUGGAACUCAGUCCCAGAUGAGUGGGAAAAUGCCAGUUAUCAAAAGUGACCACUCUACACCAUUACAGGUGUGCACAACAAAUAUGUAACCACUGUAUGUGUGCCUUUUCAUUCUCAGCGCCGUGCGAAGGAGAUACUUUCUUUUGCCACAGCAACAUGUGCAUCAAUCACACCCUGGUUUGCAACGGCAUCCAG